AAUCUCAAUAAGUAUACCCAAGUUAGGGGCACAAUUAAGCAUCACAAACACGACUAACAAUUAUGAAAAAGCUUGUUAAUGGCACACCAAGCUCCUACUACUAUACUUUUAUAGUAGUGCUCCUCACAAUUUCCACCAAAUUCUUGCACACAACCAAUGCCCAAGCUUGCAACCCAGGCCAGCCCCUGAUCGGAACCGGUGGCGGCCAAUGUAACCCCAAUACAGCCAACUGUUGCGAAGCUGGGCAGUCAUACACUACUUAUGACUGUUCGCCCCCGGUUACUGCCCAAACCCAAGCUGUGCUGACUCUAAACAACUUUGAUGAGGGUGGGGAUGGGGGUGGGCCCUCAAAGUGCGACGGCAGCUACCAUUCUGGCAAUACCCUUGUGGUGGCGCUGUCAACUGGAUGGUACAACGGGGGGUCCCGCUGCUCCAAGGAGAUCAUCAUUCAUGGCAAUGGGCGGACGACAAGGGCGAAGGUCGUGGAUGAGUGUGACUCCAGAAAUGGGUGUGAUGAAGAACAUGGGUACCAAGUGCCUUGUGAGAGCAAUGUUGUUGAUGCGUCUAAGGCUGUUUGGAGCGCCCUUGGAGUGCCAGAGGACUCAGAACAGUAUGGUCAGAUGCAAAUUACCUGGUCUCUGAGUGACUAGUUGAGUUUUUUUAAAUGUUCUCAUGUAAUGCUGUGCAUGUUGUUUCAAUUAUGUUAAAUAACAAUUAGUACAACUAGUAGCGUACUAUUCAUGUACGGUUAACGUAUGCGUAAGAGGUUCAACUAAGCUAAAAUUUAUUGCUACCAUUAUAAACAAGUAUUAUAUAUGGAAGUAAAUAUAUAUUAUGUAUUGUAAUCCUGUAUGAACUGAUGCCUGAAUUAAGAUCUGCACUGUAUAAGUAGAGUAUGUUGGUCAAUUAGAUGAGUAAUUAUAUUCUUACUGUAACAAGACUAAAAACAACCAGACAAUCACUAGUUACCACCAGGGUGGUAAGGUUUGGAGAUGCACAUAAUGAACCUUACCACCACUCGAUACAAACCACUCCAGACUCAAGAAACUCUGCUAGAUAUUUGAGCAUUUGACGAUUGGCUCCGCUCGAUUUCCAAAAAUCAGAUACGAGCAUUUCUCGUUUACACUAGUGACAUAAACUACAACGUCAAAGCAUCAAACAUAUACUCCGUACUAUGUAUCAGAAUAUUCAUUAUCCAAGGCAGGUACUUGGCAGAUGAAAGAAAAUUUUGUUAAGCAAACCUAACAUAUACGAAGUAUUCAGUGCCUGGUUUCAAAAAAA